CAGACGCACUAUACGCGAUAAUUAGCCGCGGAUCCGUUAACGGGAAUAACCGGAUUAUGAGGAUCUGAGGAGGGGGAAAGUCGCCAGAAUCCGGUGUCGUACAAGGCGAAGGGGAUUAAGUUCCGCGUCCUCACUCCUCCGGUCGCCGUCAUGGGGAUCGACCGGCGGCGGAGAGCAUCCCUGGCUCUCACCUUGAACUUCCUCGCCCUGUUCCUGGCCGUGUCCGCGCUCACCACCAGCUACUGGUGCGAGGGGACGCGCAAAGUGGUGAAGCCCUUCUGCACCGGCCCGGUCACCACCAAACAGGCGUUCUGCAUCAGGUUCAACAGCUCCAACAUCAACGACACGAGGCUCGUACAGUACAUCUGGGAAACCGGGGAGGAUAAGUACGUGAUGAGGAAGUUUCAUACCGGCAUCUGGUUCUCAUGUGAGCAGAACAUCAACAUGACCGGUGAAAAAUGCAGAAGCUUCCUUUAUGUCGCACCUACAAAUGAGAGAGGAGUGCUGUGGCUGUGUAUUGUUGCCGAGUGCCUGUACAUCCUUCUGCUGGCGACCGGAGGCAUCCUCAUGUCAAUAGAAGUGUGUCAGUUUGGGAAUGUCAUUGACGGCCUCAAGCUCAACGCCUUUGCUGCCAUAUUCACUGUGCUCUCAGGUCUGUUAGGUAUGGUGGCCCACAUGAUGUUUACCACAGCCUUCCAGCUCACUGUCAGCCUGGGUCCAGAGGACUGGAAACCCCAGACAUGGGAUUACAGCUGGUCAUACAUUCUAGCUUGGAGCUCCUUCACAGCCUGCAUGGCGUCCUCAGUCACCACCAUCAACCGCUACACCAAAACCAUCCUGGAGUUCAAGCACAAGCGCAGAAACAUCGAGAAGAACUUGAAGAUCAAGCAGAAGUUGCUGGAGUUGGACUCUCCAGAGCAGGUGUGGGACAUGUACAUCAGCUCUGUGCCGAGCACUGCCGAGGAGCUGCUGGACCUGUCCUCCAACGGACGCAAACUGUCCAACACCUCCAUCUUCCUGGAUCUCAAUGACCUGCCCGACCCACAGGGGGAGGAAUACUGCUAGAGGGGGCAACAUGUAGCAUCCGAAACUUGACCAGUAACAAUGGUGUAAUUACUGUAAACAAAAUGUAACCACAGUUGAGAGGAAGUGAACUGAGUCACAUGGAAACGGUGAUAGCAAACAGAGCUUUAGCAUCUGAUCUGAGUCGUGUUUUUACAACGUAUUUAAAGUAGAAUAUUCAUCUUUCUUUGUGUUCUGACUUGUUUUUAACCUAAUCCUGAGAA